AUGGAUGUUGAUCAGGCCAUGCAAAUCCACUUCCCAGUGGAAAUAAUUGUGGAAAUCCUCAUCAGGUUACCUGUUCAGUCUCUUCUUCGAUUCAAAUGUUCUUCAAAAUCUUGGAACACAUUGAUCUUGGAUCCAUACUUUAUGGCGAAGCAUUACAAUCAUGCAAAGAAUAAUAAGAAGUUCCUUAUUGCUCGAAUGAACCCUGAGAUUUGUCACAUCUCAAAUUAUUGUUCUUCUUUAUCAUCGGCUGAACCAUUACACAAGCUUGGUGGCCCUUCAAAUCAUGAUCUGGUUUCGGGUUGGGAUAUGACUCGAUUAGUGGUGACUAUAAGAUAUUUGCGACCAUUAAUCGGCAUUAAUGGUCACAGACGACCCAAUAAAGUCCUUGCAUUAAAGAGUGGUUCUUGGAGAGAAAUUGAUAACCAUACUCGUGGCUCUUGCAAUAGUGUGCGUGGUGGUUUGACAUUUCUUCGUGGUGCAUUUCAUUGGAUCCGUAAGGAUGAUUUACUUAAGUAUUUUGUGAUUUUAUUUAAUAUAUCAAAUGAGGUGUACGGAGAGAUAUCAUUACCGGAGGAAAUUUGCAAUAUUUUCAUUGGUGGCUACGUAAUACGUGGCGUUUCAAUAUUGGAAGGAAUGCUUUGUGCUUAUUGUACUUGCCGAGAUAGAGAGGCGGGCACUUUUAAAUUAUAG